UCCUGCACAACGUGUAUUGGUGCACUUUACUGCAGGUACCUGCGAAGAUCCAGAGACAAGUGGAAGUCGAAAACGAAGGAAUUUUAUCAUCAGCAUGGCAUCCAUGAAACUUUUUCUGUUGCUCACUACAGGUGCACUACUGAUUGAAGUGUCUGAAUUUGCCAGCUCUACCCCCAACUGGGUAUACCAUUCAUCUGGCUGGUAUGCGUUUAUCAAUGAACCUAUGAACUGGAAUGAUGCAGAGGUUUAUUGUCAGAAUCUCAUCCCUGGUGCUCAUCUUGCCUCAUUUCACAACAUUGCAGCAGAAAAGUUUGCACAAGACCUUGUCUAUAAAACUGUAAGAGCUUAUCCAUUCACAUGGAUUGGUGGAAACGAUCAGUUUAAGAACCGUAACUUCAUGUGGUCUGAUGGCUCAGAAUGGAACUAUGAAAACUGGGCAAUUGGUGAACCAAAUAACUUUAAUGGUCGAAGAGAGGCUUGCUUUCAGUUUCUCUUUGGAGCGAAUAAACAAUGGAAUGAUGAACCCUGUUCAGGCAGUUUCCCUUUUAUUUGCAAAGCUCCAAAGUCGGAUUGCUGCUCAUGAUGUAUAACCCAGAGAAAUGCACUGGAAAUGCAGUACUUAUAUAAUGUUUUCAGAGCGUAAUGGUUAAUAAAUCUGUGGUGCACUUCAUUUAAUAUGUUAACUAGGCUUUUAUCAAAUCAUAAAUGGUACUAUAUACCUCCUGUACUGUCUCGCCUCCAUUCAUCCGCACAUUUUUCUCUUUUUUCCUCCAAUUUCUCUAAAUUUCUAGUUUUCCUUCUUUUCACUCUCCACCACCUCUUCUGACUUUUCCUCUUUCCUCCUGUACCCCUUAUUCUACCCUCUUUUAUUCCAAAUGUAAAAUCAAGUUACAGUGUUUUAAUGUUGGAUUAACUGAAUACCACUGUCAAAGAUCUCUGUAUUAACGUUAUGUUUCCUUGGAAUUCUUUGUAUUAGCAUCAUUACUCUGUUGUGUUUCUAUUGGUAACGUAGUGUUUCAUUAGAACUCUAUGUAUUAGAACAUUACUGUAUGCAUUUUUAUUAUUAUGGUUGGGAGCUAAUUUCACCAAGUCUCCACUGAAAAGGGACUUUUCUUACCAAGUCUGACUAUCCUGUUCAACAAACAUAAAUAAAUGUGGAUGAAUUUUUCAGAUUCAA